AUGAUUCCCAGACCCAAUCACGUUCUCCGGCCACUUGCAUUGAUUUCCAGAUCAAGCGCAUUGAGGCCGCUUCCACUCGUGAAAGUGGCUAAAAGAGGGUUUCAGAGCUCACCGCUGAAGACUAAUUCUGCCACUGUCGUUGGUGAAACUCCAAAGACUUCCCCAGUCAAUGCUUUCCCACCAAAAUUUGACGCUUCUUACUUGAGAGACUUUUCGUUUAGCGAGCUUUUCUCUUUCCUUGUCAUUGGUACUGCAACUUUGAACAAGUCUUUGUUAAAAGCUAGCAUCAAAUUGUUUCCAUAUGUGCCUAUCCCGGUGAUUAAGGCUCUUGUCUACAAAAUUUACUGUGGAGGAGAAACAAUUACAGACGUCAAGCAAACCGGACAAAAAUUGACUGCGCGUGGUAUCAACAACAUGAUGAUUUCUUUGACCAUCGAGGCUUGCAAUGGAAACGACAACAUAGACCCACAGUACAUUGUUGAGGAAACACAAAAGUCCAUUGAAGAGAUUUUGAUUCCUCACACUCUUUCUGUGAUUGAGACACUGGGAAAAGACAUCAACUCGAUUCCUGCCGGAUAUGUGGCUUUAAAGCCCACCGGAUUUGUUAAGAAUGCUGCAGCAGUUUUGAAAAACUACAAGUCUGAAGAAUACAAGAAGGAUUUUGAAGACUUGGUUUCAAAAGCGUCCCAAAUCUGCAAAAGCGUGUUUGAGGCCAACAAAAGAUUGGCAGCUCAAUAUCCAGAGAGAGUAUCCCCUUUUGUUGUUAGCGUCAUAGAUGCCGAAAAGCAUGACCUUCAGGAAGGUGUUUACGAGUUGCAAAGAAGAUUGUACAAGGCUUUCAACCCUGUUGGUUCUCCAGUUUCUGUGGUUGGUACUUUACAAAUGUACUUGUCCGAGUCUUCGAACUUGUUAGCACUUGAGGAAAAAAUGGCUAGAGAAAAUAAUUAUAGACUUGGCUUGAAGUUGGUCAGAGGCGCAUACAUUCAUUCCGAGCAGGAUCGGUCAACCAUUAUUCAUAAGACAAAAGAAGAUACCGAUACAAACUACAACAGAGGAAUUUCAUACUGCAUUGACUCGAUUUUGUCUAGCGAGUCGAACAAGUCUGUCAUCGGCCAUUUGGUUGUUGCUUCUCACAAUGCAGACUCCUUGAGGUUGGCUUCAGAGAAGACUUACAAAAGCAUCAAUUCUGUCAACAACGCUAAUAAGUCUAACAUUUGUUUGGGUCAGUUGAUGGGAAUGGCGGAUGCCAUCACAUACGACUUGAUCAAUAAUGAAAAGAUUGAUAACGUCAUUAAAUAUGUACCAUGGGGUCCACCAUUGGAGACCAAAGAGUACUUGUUGAGAAGAUUGGAAGAGAAUGGCGAUGCCGUAAAGAAUGAUAAUGGUUUGCCUUUAAUCAAAGCCGUUGGAGCUGAAAUGAUGAAAAGGCUUGUUGCUUAA